AUGACGGGCCUAGUAUCAGAAGCCGUGGCGCCAGCGACUGCAGUCAAGGGGAAGACCCCGAAGCUGAUGAAGGCAGCGAUGAUCGUCGAGUUCAACAAGCCACUCAAAAUUAUCGACGAUGCCCCCGUUCCCCAGCCCGGACCAAACCAGAUCCUGGUCCGCAUCACCGCAUCGUCUCUCUGCAUGAGUGACAUCAUGGGCUACCAGGGCCUGACGCAGAGCCCGCUGCCUUAUUGCGGCGGUCACGAGCCCGUCGGGGUCGUCGAGGGGCUCGGUCCCGGGGUUGUCGGCUUCAAGGCGGGCGACCGGGUUGGCUUCAUGCCUGCUUCACGCAGCUGCCAGGACUGCCCAGAGUGCCUGUCGGGAAAUCAUCGAUUCUGCGCCGCGAGGACCUCGGUCGGCUUCAGCGGCCCCUACGGAGGCUUCUCCGAGUACUGCCUCUCGGAUCCGCUGUCGACUGUAAAGAUCCCGGACGGAAUCUCCGACGAAGCUGCGGCUCCGCUGUUCUGCGCCGGAGUGACUGCGUACGGCGCGGUCAAGAAGGCGGCUCAGAGGCAGGUCGGUGGGAGUGUGGUCAACAUCAUCGGCUGCGGAGGUGUCGGCCAUCUGGCCAUCAUGUACGCCAAGGCAAUGGGAUUCAGUGUCACGUCAAUCGAUAUCGCCGACGAGAAGUUGGAGCUUGCCACUCGAUGCGGCGCGGACGUUGUGAUCAAUUCUCUAAAAACACCCAAGCAGAAGAUCCCACAGGCUGCGACGACAAUCGUCAUCAGUGGAGCGACGCAAGCCUAUUCCUUCGCGCUGGAUGUCACUCAGAAUCACGGCACUAUCAUUGGUGUUGGCGUACCGCACGGCCUGAUUUCAUGCGAUAUGACUCAAAUGAUACUCCGCGACGUAUCUCUGAUCCCGACCAACCAGGGAUCAAAGCUAGAACUCUACGAGUCCCUGCAGCUUGCCGCUCUGAAGGGCAUCGAGCCGGUGGGAGAGACAAAGAACAUCAAGGAGAUCAACCAGGGGUAUGAGGACAUGAAGGCGGGAAAGAUCGUAGGGAGAAUUGUCUAUACUUUCGACUAG